GGAUGGAAGAUAACCAAUCGUUAAUGAUAUAAUGUUUAUAAACUACUCGUGUAACCAACUGAAUUUGAUUGAUUAAUUCAGGCUAAAUAAACAUAUACAGUGCCUUCCAAAGUCUUUUUAACGAGGUUAAACUAUCCAUCGAGCGUAAGCAGAUAAUAAUUAAAAAUCCAAUGAACGUUGAGCAAUACUGAAGAAUGAAUGAAUAUUACUUUAAAAAUGCUAACCUUUGGUAAUAGUAUUUAAUCAACAAAAUGAUUGUAAAUAUUCAUAUGUCAUUCAAAUUUCAUUAAAAACGAGUAUGACCGAAGUACAGUGGCAGAAAAAUUUAUAUGAAAAUUAUGGUUUACCAGACAAUUAUACAGAUAAUACAUUUUUGGAGCAAUUGCGUAAAAAUAUAAAGCCAAACAAUGUAACAUUAAUUGAGGCAAUAACUUUUGGUGCUAGUGUAUGUAUUCAAUUAAACAUUGUAAUUCUUUUCGUCAUUAUAUUUAUCUGGUUAAGCAAAGAAUGGACCAGUCCAAAUAUCAUAUUUAUAUCAGGUGUAAUUUGUACAGUGUUUGGUUAUUUUAUCUUCUGCUUAAAAGAACCAAAUACUUUGACCAAAUUAACUAAAGAUCUCAGAACUGUAUUAAUUUUUCUUACUUUCGGUUAUAUUUUAUCGCCAGUUUUAAAAACUUUGACCGAAACUAUUAGUACAGAUACAAUUUAUGCCAUGACAAUAUUAAUGUUUCUUGUACAUUUAAUAUUUAGCAAAUAUGGUUCUUUGCAAAUAUCUUUAUCAGAUUCUUUAUCUAUUACAUCUUCAAUUUUUGGUUCCUUAAUGUUAGCUUCCAGAUUAGUAUCUCCGUCUCAUGCAUUUUCUCUUCUAACAGUUUCUGUACAGUGUUUUGUUUUAUUACCAUUUUUAAUGCAUACAUUAAGCAAUAAAAUAUUUAUUUCAAUUUUAUUAACAUUUAGUACUUUGUAUCUUCUCUUAUUUCUUUCGCAAACUCUAUCUUAUGUAUUCAUUAUAACCACAGUAUUUUUACAUUUUAUUUGUCCUUGUUGGUAUAUACAAUGUCAAAGGUACAAAGAUAAUAUUUAUGGACCAUGGGAUGAGGCUGUAAUCAGUUCUUAAAUAUUUAAUU